CCAGGUACAGUUAGUUACUGCCUACGAUUCUCCCAGUGUCUGCAGAUUUCUGUGGUUAGAUCCCUCAGGCUGAUUCCUCCCUGUGACCUGCGAGACUCCAUUGCAGCAAGAUAUCAGAAACAGAAUGUACCUUCGGAAUUCCUGAGGAAUUUGGCAGUGUUUCAGUGUCUUGAAAAAUGCCCAAAAGGAUUUCAUUAAAAAAUAAAAAACACCGUCGAAGGACUUCGGCUGAAAAGGAACCCAAGGUGCUUUAUUCACCAUCAUGAUAUUCAACAUGGCAGUCAAUCCUGGAGAUCUGAGCACUUCUUUCAUCAUUUUUGUGAUAGUUUUUGUAAUCGUAAAAGCCCUGGGGAGCAAGGGUAGAAAGCCGGGGUUUCCUCCAGGACCACGCUCCUUCCCCAUCAUAGGAAACCUUCUCCAGCUCGGAGACCAUCCUUACCUUACAUUUAUGGAAAUGAGGAAGAAGUACGGGGAUGUCUUUCUUAUCAAACUGGGCAUGGUGCCUGUCGUGGUGGUGAAUGGAAUGGAAAUGGUGAAGCAAGUACUACUCAAGGAUGGAGAAAAAUUUGCAGGCAGACCGAAUAUGCAUACGUUUUCUUUCCUCGCAGAAGGCAAGAGCCUUUCAUUUUCAGUCAACUAUGGAGAGAGUUGGAAACUUCAGAAGAAAAUUGCCUCUAGUGCUUUAAGAACUUUUUCUAAAGCAGAAGCAAAAUCCUCCUCCAGCUCUUGCUUACUUGAAGAGCAUGUCCUGGAGGAAGUUUCUGAACUCAUAAACAUUUUUGAAAAGUUGACUUCCGAAAACGGCAGCUUUGAUCCCAGAAAUGCUGUCACAUGUGCCAUAGCCAAUAUUGUCUGUGCCCUUUGCUUUGGCAAAAGGUAUGAUCACAGUGAUGAGGAGUUUCUUAGAAUAGUUAAAACAAAUGAUGACAUUCUCAAGGCAUCCAGUGCAGCUAAUCCUGCUGAUUUCAUACCAUGUUUCUGCUACCUUCCACUGCCAAUUGUAAAUGGUCCCCGGAAGUUUUAUCGGGCCUUGAAUCAAUUUAUUGCGUUGCAUGUACGAGAUCAUUGCACUACAUAUGAUAAGGACCACAUCCGAGACAUUACUGAUGCUCUUAUUAGUACAUGCCAAAACAAAUAUUCUUCCAAAAAAGCUACUUUAAAUGAUGAUGAAGUCAUAAGCACUGUGAAUGACAUCUUUGGAGCUGGAUUUGAGACAGUAUCAACAUGUCUAUAUUGGAGUUUCCUUUAUUUGAUACAGUAUCCAGAAAUCCAAGUCAAAAUUCAAGAAGAAAUUGGUGCAAAAAUUGGACUGAGGUUGCCCAGAUUUGAAGACAGGAAAUUUUUACCCUAUACAGAAGCCUUCAUUACUGAAGUAUUCAGACAUGCUUCCUUUAUUCCUUUAACUAUUCCUCAUUGUACUACAGUAGACACUACUCUGAGUGGAUAUUUCAUUCCCAAGAAAACUUGCAUCUUUAUCAAUAUGUAUCAAGUAAAUCAUGAUGAAACAGUUUGGGACAAUCCCGAUUUAUUUAAACCUGAAAGAUUUCUAAACGAUGACGAACAACUGAAUAAAAACCUCGUUGAUAAAGUUUUGAUAUUUGGAAUGGGAAUCCGGAAGUGUCUUGGAGAGGAUGUUGCUAGAAAUGAAUUAUUUAUCUUCAUCACCGCAGUUCUGCAAAAGCUCAAACUGAAGAAACGCCCUGGAAUUCAACUUGACCUGACACCAAUGUAUGGUCUAUCCAUGAAGCCAAAGCCCUACCAGCUCCUUACAGAAUCUCGUGCCUAACUAAGCCACUAGGAGUGAAUACUAAUCUAACCUGACUUGCAACCAUAGAAGAAAAUGAUACCAGUAAUAAGUUUGCAUAGAAUAUAAAAACCAAGUGCAGACAUAAUAAGGGGACCACCUGCAAGUAAAGGAAAGAAGUCUCAUAAGAAACCAAACUUGAUGAUCCGUUUAUGUUAAACUUCCAACUUCAGAAACCGAGAGAAAAUAAAUUCCUAUCAUUUAAGCCAGACUUAAGCCAGACUGUGGUAUUCUACUGUGGUAAACAAUCAAACUAAUACAGUUAUAGAAUAACUAUUAAAAGCUAUUGGUAAUACUCUUUGAAAGUUAAAUUCUCAAUGUGGAAACAUUUCAGAAAACGUAUUUCCAAAGUAUAAAAAUGCAAUUUGAAGAAAUUUCUACUCCUAUCCCUUUUUCCUCUUCUCUAAAUCUGGCACAACAUGAAAUAACCUCUUGUUGGGCUAUGCGUGCAGUCACACUAGGUUUGGAAGGCCCCUCACCACAUAUGUUCCUCAACUACAAUCAGGGGUCACUCCUGAGCACACAGACUGGAAUAGUCCCCUAGUAUGCUGGAGGAGGCCCCGUAACACUCUGGUGCUGAAGGUAAAUCCAAGCCGUUUCCCUGAAACCUCUUAAAUACUUUAUUUCCUAGACCACUGUAGCAGGAGCGAUAACACAGCGGAUAGGGCGUUCGCCUUACACGCGGCCAACAUUGCCGACCCAAGUUCGAUUCCUCCGCCCCUCUCGGAGAGCCCGGCAAGCUACCAAGAGUAUUCCAUAUGCCAGACACAGUAACAACAAAGUCUCCAAUGGAGAUGUUACUGGGCCCGCUCGAGCAAAUCGACGAUCAACGGGAGGGCCUUUACCUUUACCUUUACCUAUACCACUGGAUACAAUUAUGUUUGGCCUUAUACUAACUCCUAUGUUUACACCCAAUGUAAGUAUUUGCUACUAUUUGAAGCUGGCAUAAAGGGGUGGCCAGAGACCCUUUGCCUUUCUGACUCAAACCACUGCUGUCAUUCCUUCCCUUCCAUGCUCAUAAUGGUGCAGUGGCACUUGGCAUAUGAUCACAUGGGCCAACGUUGAAUUACAUCAUGCUUCAUUAUUCUUGUAAAAGAUCUGAAUGAGAUAAGCUUUAAAUGAUAUGAUUCACUUUAUAAAGCAUGUGAUAGAGCAGUGUGAUGGGUGGAGAAAUGACCUAAUAUUUAAGUUUGGGAUGCCAAUCUGCAAAGAUCACGGUCCUCCCGUUGUUCAUCGAUUUGCUCGAACGGGCCCAGUAACGUCUCCGUUGUGAGACUUGUUGUUACUGUGUUUGGCAUAUUGAAUACGUCACGGGUAGCUUGCCAGGCUCUGCCGAAAAGUUUGUUAAAUUCACUUGAACCACAUUUUUUAAAAAAAUUGUGUAAGUGUCUCCAACUAUCACCAUAUUCUGAAGAACUAGAAACUGAGACUUCAGCAUGCCAAGUGUAGUAGAUAUAUAAUUUAGUAUAUACUAACAUGUUAUAGAAAAAAGGAACAAUUAAUAAUAUACAUUUGCCAAGAUAAUAGCUAGCACUAUAUACAUUAAUAAGCUUAAAGUGGAUAAGGAACAUGAAAUGGCUGGUGAAACUGAAAGCAUGAGACCUAAACUAUAGCAAGCAAACUUACAAAAAUGUGCCUAUCUUGUUACUUUAUGUUCCCCAGAUGAAUGCAAUCACCCAAGAAUGGCCGAGAUUAGUACCAGGAAUUUUACUCCAUGGCUUGGAGGCCAGCCACACAUCUAGGGGGAAAGGGAGCUCAGAUAGAGAAGGGAGCACCAAAUAAAAGGUGUUGGGAGGAUCCUCCGAGGAUGGGAGAAGCAUGCUGAAAGUAGACUAUAGACCAAACACGAUUGCCACUCAAUGCCUCUUUUGUAAACCACAACACCCAAUAGGAGAGAGAGAGAGAGAGAGCAAAAGGGAAUGCCCUGACACAGAGGCAUGGUGGGAUGGGGAGGAUGGGGGGUGGGAGGGAUACUGGGAUUUGUGGUGGUGGGAAAUGGGCACUGGUGGAGGGAUUUGACCAUUGUAUAAUUGAAAUCCAAGCACAAAAAUUUGUAAGUCUACAACUGUACCUCAUGAUGUCUCACUAAUAAAAAUUUUUUUUAAAAAAUGUGCCUAUCAAGGAGGCCAGUGAGAUUGGAAGGGAAUCUAGGGACACUGGUGGAAGGAAGUUGACUCUGGAGCUUGGGGGAUGGUACUGAAACAUUGGAUUUCUGAAACUCUGAUGAACACCUUAGGAAGUCAUGGUGACUUGAUGAAAAGUGAAAAUAAGAAUAAAUGGAUGGUGAAAAACUAUUUCAGAUGGAAGAUUUAAGGCGAACUGGAGUUCGAAGGACUUUCCUCUCUGGGGUCUAAUUCGAAUGAAGGACAACAUCUAGAGAAAAGUGGCUCUUAAGAGAUUAAUAAGCAUCUCUAGCAGCAACUGGCGAUGGUAGCAGAGAAAUGAGAAAAUUCAGGAGUAAUGAGAGUUUGACUCUUCCUUUCCAAAAUUUAAAUAAAUGCAAUAUUAUGUUUACAAAUAAACAACUUAGAUUGCUUGUUCUUUUUUUUUUGGUAUUAGUUUUGGAAAUUAAUGAUAUUAUUUGCAUGACAGUCUAACUGAAACUAGUUUUAUAUUUUUUUAAAAAAUAAGAAACUCUCGGGGCUGGAAUGAUAGCAUACCGGGUAGGGCAUUUGCCUUGCACAUGGCCGACCCAGGUUCAAUUCCCAGCAUCCCCCGGGCACCACCAGGGGUAAUUCCUGAAUGCAUGAGCCAGGAGUAACCCUUGUGCAUCACCGGGUGUGACCCAAAAAGAAAAAAGAAAAGAAAAGAAAAGAAACUCUCAAAUCAAGGCUGAAGAGAUAGUAGACUGGGUAGGGUAGUUGCUUUGCAUGGGACCAAUGCAGAUUUGAUCCCCUGCAUCUCAUAUGAUUUCCUUCACACCACCAGGCGUGAUCCUAAGGGCAAAGGCCAGAGUAAUCCUUGAGAGUCACUAGGUAUAAGGGCCCCUCCAAAGAAAAAUAAAUAAAUAAAUAAAUAAAUAAAACUCUCCACUAAUCUAUUUACUUAAUUAAAGGUUGAUGAAAAUACUACAGAAAUUUUAUUAUCUUUUCAUUGCUACUUUUCAAAAAAGAUCUGUCAUUUUCCCUUGCUUUAUUGACAAUAAUCAGAUAUGAUUCUGUAAUUAUUGUAAUCCAUUUAUUAUAAAACACUUUAUGGUAAUCCAUUGAUUAUAAAAGACUAAUGUUCACUUUUACUGUAUAAUUAAAUUAUAUGUUAUUGGGAUGUAUCUUGUAACUUGUAAGUUUGCAUUUAUGUAUUCUUAGAAGAAUGAAUGAAAUAAAAAAAAGCAAAGAUAAAAGGUAAAUAAAAGGAACUUUUGUUUA